AUGUGGACAGUCUUCAGCCUGGUUCUGGUCAGCUCCCUUUUUGUACUCAAAAGCGAAGCGCUGCAGUGUUACACCUGCGUGGGCUCCAGCGAUGAGGACUGCAACAGGCAGGGAACCCAGCAGUGUCCCGGGCACUCGGACGCGUGUGCGAUCAUCAGAGGACAAGCCAGUGGCGUUAUGAAGUCCUGUUCGUUCAGGUCCUUCUGCGAGCGGGCAAAGAGGGACGGGUCCAGGGCGCCCGGAGUGAGCGUUCACUGCUGCUACUCGAGCAACUGCAAUGCCAAAGGCCUGGGUUCAAGAGUCACCACCUCCACGAGCUACUUCUGUCUCCUGCUCUUUACUUUGCUGUGGCACCCGCUGUUGAAGCUGACAUGA